AUGUCAUUAGAAGGAAGAGAAAUAAUAAUUGGUGCAAAAUAUAAAUUAGGUCGAAAAAUUGGUGCAGGUUCAUUUGGUGAAAUUUAUUUGGGGACUAAUAUUAUGAGUGGAGAAGAUAUUGCAGUGAAAUUGGAAAGUAUUCGUGCAGCUCAUCCUCAACUUGAAUAUGAAGCGAGAGUGUAUAAGACAUUAGCAGGCGGUGUUGGCAUUCCAUUUGUGAGAUGGUAUGGUAGAGAAGGUGAUUUUAACGUAAUGGUUAUGGAUUUACUGGGUCCAUCUAUGGAAGACUUGUUUAAUUAUUGUAAACGUCGUUUUUCACUCAAGACUGUAUUAUUAUUAGCAGAUCAACUGUUAUCACGCGUGGAAUAUGUUCAUUCAAAAGGAUUCAUUCAUAGAGAUAUAAAACCUGAUAACUUUUUAAUGGGCAUUGGCAAACGUGGAAAUCAAGUAAACAUGAUAGAUUUUGGCUUGGCUAAAAGAUAUAGAGAUCCAAAGACUAAUGCACACAUUGUCUACAGAGAAAAUAAAAAUUUAACUGGUACACCACGUUACGCUAGUGUUAAUACACAUUUAGGCAUAGAACAAUCACGGCGUGAUGAUCUUGAAUCACUAGGAUAUAUUUUAGUUUAUUUCUGUAGAGGUCAAUUACCUUGGCAAGGUAUUAGAGCAAGAACAAAAAAAGAAAAAUAUGACAAGAUUAUGGAAAAGAAAAUGACAACACCUGCUGAUGCUCUAUGUCGUGGCUUACAUCAGGAGUUUGCAAUAUACCUUAAUUAUGUAAGAUCUCUUCGCUUUGAUGAUAAACCAGAUUAUUCUUAUCUUCGUAAAUUAUUUCGAGAUUUAUUUGUUCGUGAAGGCUUCCAAUAUGAUUAUGUCUUUGAUUGGACAAUUCGUAAAUUGCAGGAGAAAAAAGCCACUUAUCAAACCCCGGAUACUUCAGGUUUUAAUACUCCAUUUGAUAAUGCAAGAAGAAUGCCAAAUGCUAUAGCAAAUGCUGCACCUCUUCCAUCUGCUAGUCUUAGAACUCCUUAUCGUACUGAAACUAAAUCUCCUGAAACUUCUAAGCGCUUAGAUGAUGUCAUGCUUCAAUACCAACAACAACAGCAAAAAAUGCUUCAACAUAAAUCUGCCUAUUAUAGUAAUCCUCCUCCUCCUCCCAUGAUCCCUCAACAACAACAACAACAACAACAACAACAGCAGCAGCAGCAGCAACAACAACAACAGCAGCAGCAGCAACAACAACAACAACAGCAACAGCAAAUGGCGGCAGCAGCAGCAGCUGCUGCUGCUGCAUCAUCUUCUUAUCAGGAUCCCUAUUUAGGAUAUACGAGUGGAGGAGGAGGGCGAAUGUUAGUUAGAGAUAAUCCUCAAUUAGUACAACAAUUAGGUAGUAAAUAUGAGAGAAAGAGAGUAUUAGCCGAAGAGACAAAUCCUAUCGAACCAAAUAUUACGGAUCCCCUUUUUUCUGUAAAACGUACUCAUUUUCAUCCACCUAACACUACUACUGCUACGACAGGCCCAUCCAAUACGACCAGCAGAAUGUAA